GAGUCGUUCAUUCAUAUCUAUAAUAACUAAUAACAAAAGACUGCUGGUCGUUCUACAAAUACUUAGGGCGGUGCCGAGACACGCGGGGCUGACUCCUCGACAGCGGACAGUCGGCGCGCGCGUAUCUACACUACUCCGCUCGUCCGCGCCCGCGCCGCACGGCUCGCACGCACCCGACCCACACACAUCCUGCAACUCCCUAAACCGUGUUCGACCACCGUACGAAACAACUCACAGUGAUAGUGGACAUUAAAGUACAAUAACUAACAAUAAAACAAGUGAAAUCCCUAGUGAUUCCGUUCAGUGCUCGGUAGCCGAGUGAAUGCGCGUGUGUUUCGACACCCUCUGCUUUGGAUCGUCACAGCGAACAGCUGCUGACGAUGAGCCGAGGGCCUUAGUGAAUACAGGUGGAGGAGCGCUUACCGUGGCGCCCACAGUGAACGGCGAUAGGCGUGCUUUAAACGAAACUUAUAGAGAGAUUGAAUUAAAUGGUAUAAUGGGGACUCCAAGCGCAAUGAACGCUGAUUCUGAGAAUUGUGUUGCUAACGCGACAAUGACGAACGACAUGCAGCCUCUCAUUGAGAGGAUACGAGAACUGGAAGCGUUGCUAAAGCAACGCGACCAGGAAAUGUUGGAACUGCGCUCGCAACUGGAUAAGUUGCAGAGCGUGUUCCCAUACCAGCAGUAUGCUCGAGGAUCGCGAGGUCCGAGGAAGCAGAGGGCUCAGGGUAUCUCCGCUGAGCCCCAGACCAGCUCGUCCUUACAGGACUUGACUCACCAGACCUUCCCUGUCUACGACAAGAGCGAAGCGUAAGUACUUACUGUAAUGUUAUCAAUACUCGAUAAAAUAAACAAGUUUACAUUCAUGAGAUAGUGGAUAAAUUGGGUAACGUUUUUGUUAUGUUUUAAUAAUUCAUUUGUAUUAUAGUUAGUGGUGAUCGUAAAGUAUUAGAUAACUGGUCGUUUAUGUCAGUUGAAUUCUUGAGUUGGCAGAUAAUAGUUUAUACCAUUUCUGACGGGUGGGAGUGAGCGCAGAUAUACUGGGUGUUAAUUAACUUGCACCUGUUGCGUGCAUAGCGUUACUUUAAAUAAUACACUUCACAUAAAGUACAAAGCAGUCACAAAAUCUUGCGUAAUCUCGUGACAAAUCACCGGAUCUAUUCUAGAGUAUAUUGUGGUGGUUACAGUACAAAAGCCAUUAUUCGAGAAUUGUUAAGUUUAGGCCACAAUUGAGUUCAUCAUCCGAUCACUGUAGGUAUCUGAUAGCUGGAAGUCAUUUGCACUUUAAUCUGAUUUCAAAUAGAUUGCAAAUUGAGUAAAUUAGAUACCGAGACAUGUGUACAACAUUUUGAUAAUGCUAAUAUUGCUAAUAUGUACUUCAAGUUUGCAAAAUAAAUACCGUAUCGAUUAAUACCGUUAAGAAACGCUGAAGUAUGAAAAUAAAAUUCCUUUACAGAUGUUACUAAGAGUUUUAAUGUCAUGAACGAAAUGAAUAAUAU